AGAUCAAACCCAAAACACAACACAACAAAAGCUGCAUAAUUUACCAUCCAACAAUCAAACCCAGAAAUGAGAAAACCAAAAUAAACCCACAAAUAAGGUCUUAAUCUUUUGGAUCUGCGACUUCCAUUCACCAAUAUUCAUCACCCUAAACCCACCAAGAUCAUCUUCAUCACCGACACCUCUGUCUUCUUCUUCUUCUCUCAGAUCUAGUUUCCUUUCUUUUUUUUUCACCUUCUUCUAUCACUUCCCAAACUCCACCACCUCCUUCUUUGCCUCUGUUCUUCCACCGCCGACUUCAACCACCACUGCCCCACCGCCCAAGCCACAACCCCCUCUGGUGAACAACCACCACUGCCCACCUCUGGUGAAAACCACCAUAAACCCAUAAACCCAGAUCUGGAAAAAACCACCAAACCCAUUCUCCUAGCCACCGCAACCUUCCCCCCUCCCCGUCGCAAAAACCUUAUAUGCACGCCGGCGAGUGAGAACACGCCGGCGACGACCACCAUGCUGCAACGGUGCCCCCUCUCGCUCUCUCCAUCUCACUGGUCUCUCCUCUGUGCUGGGUUUUGGGAUUUUAUUGGAAUUUAGUCACUUGGUUUUCAGUUUUAUGGAUUGAGGAAUCAUUGUUGCAACGGUUUAUGGGUUUAUGGUGGUUUUUCAGCGAUUUUGUGGUGUGGGUGCGGAACAAGAAUCAAUUUUGCUGCUCCUGGGAACAAGAUCUGGUUUUUUCUCUGCAACUCAGAUCUGGUUCUUCAUUCCCCUGGUCUGAGUUCAGGUGAGUAAGGAGAGGGAGGAGAUCAGGGCCAAAGGGUGAGAUGGGAAUUUCUGAUGUGUUGGAGGGCCACUGAGAAGGUUGGGAGAGGGAGAUUAGUGAGCACGGUUGAUGACUGGUGAUGGUUGGGGUGGUGGGAUGAUGGAGGAGGAAGAAGAAUUUAAGAUGUUUCUGGGUUGUGUUUCUGGAUGCAGCAAUGUUUGGGUUUUAAUUACUGGGAUAAUAAUUAACGUAAUCUUUCAUUAAUUAGUUUACUAAUAUAUAUGUUUUUUAUUUUUUUAAAAAAAAUCCUGCUAAACUUACUAUCAUAGGUCAAAAGUGUUUGGUGUAACUUUGCACAAGUUUUUAGAUGACCAUAAUAAAUUCCUCCCAUAUACUUAUAUAUUUUUUAAGCUGUUUUCUCCAAACGGGACCAUAGUGACACACGUGUUUUUCUUUGAUAUUUGCAAUUAUGAGUUUUCAUUGACAAGAAAAAUUUACAAUUCAAAGAUAUUUUAAGCAUGAAAAUAAAAUUGACCAAAAACAAAAGCAUGAAAAGAAAAAACAAGAGAUAUUUUGGCGAAGUUACCCAGGAUCUAGCUGUGACGACUUGAUUGCAGGGAAGGGGGAUCAAGCUUAUUGAAAGAAGAAAAAGACAAAAACCCUCUUAAAAUAUUAAUAUUAAUAUUAAUAAUAAUAAAACAGAUGAAAAAGAAGAAAAAGCAGAAAAAGAUACUGCGGUAAACACCGCGAAGCAAAACAAAACGAUUGUGAAUUGCGAUUGCGACACCGUUCCUAUUUCCCUCCGUCACAACCCCAAUACGGUGCCGUUUAACCUUUCCCCUCUCGUCGUCGCGAUUCCGAUUCCUUCAGUCAACGCUGCUUCUUCGAUUUCCCCUUUUCCUCCGCCGUCGCACCACCACUGUUCACCGCCGCUUCUCCCCCUCAGGUUCUAAUCGGUGCCAUGAAUUGAACAAUUGAGCCAGUCAUGUGCAGAGAAAUUCAGGUUUUACUUUGUAUUUAAAGGUCGAAACGACAUUGCUAUUUUCCUGUUGUUGAUGGAACGACCUGGGGUUUUCAACAACAGUCAGCAGCAUGUUAUAGAAAUAGCAGGGAGUGCUGAAGCUUCCACGUCCGCCGCGUCGCCUCGCGAUAGACAUUUUAACGGCGGUGCGGAUGGAUUGCGAAGUGAGGAAAGGAUUAGCGGCUCGCGGGUGCCGGUUACUCAGCCUUCGGUGUCGGUGUCGACAACGUCCGGUGGAAUGACGACGAAUAGCAGGAGUUCUUCGCUUGUGAGGCGUGGGGACUCUAGACGGAAUAGGAGUCCUGUGCAUUCGGGGAUAUGGAUAUCGGUUGAGCUAGUGCUGUUAAUGAGCCAGAUUGUUGCGUCGAUUGUUGUUUUGUCGAUGUCGCGGCAUGAGCACCCGCGUACCCCGUUGUUUCAGUGGAUUGUUGGUUAUGCCUGUGGAUGUGCUGCUACGCUUCCUCUUCUAUAUUGGCGUUAUUAUCAUCAUAACCAUAUGCGAGAGCAAGAAUCGCGCCAAACAUCUCCUCGGGUUAACGAUCCUUCAGGGACACUUCUUUCCAGUUCCAGAAUAAAUGGAGGAGAGGAUGCUCAAGCUGCUUCCUCCAGAAGCAAUCAACCUUCAAUAUUGGUGAAUAGAAGAAUGAAGACACUCGUGGAAUACUUCAAAAUAUCCUUAGAUUGCUUUUUUGCCGUAUGGUUUGUUGUUGGAAAUGUAUGGAUCUUUGGGGGACAUUCAUCUGCAGAUGAAGCUCCUAACUUGUACAGGUUAUGCAUAGUGUUUCUUGCAUUUAGCUGUAUUGGUUAUGCAAUGCCCUUCAUUCUCUGUUCAACAAUCUGCUGUUGUCUCCCUUGUAUAAUUUCCAUCCUUGGGGUUAGGGAAGAUCUGGCACAAAACCGAGGGGCAACUUCUGAGUCCAUUAACGCUCUUCCGACUUACAAGUUCAAAAUGAAAAAAAAUAAAAGAAAUAGUGAAAGCAACUCAGCUGCUGCGGAAAGUGGAGUUGUGGCUGCAGGAACUGAAAAAGAGCGGGUGAUCUCUGGAGAAGAUGCAGUUUGUUGCAUCUGCCUGGCAAAGUAUGAAAAUAACGAUGAGCUGAGAGAAUUGCCUUGUUCUCAUCUUUUCCACAAAGACUGCGUUGACAAGUGGUUAAAGAUAAAUGCAUUAUGCCCUCUUUGCAAGAGCGAGGUUGGUGAAAACAUAACAGGAUUGGUCUCUGGUGAAGAUGCCAGCCAACAACGGGGUGAGAGCAGGGUUGAGAACGGCCUCGCCAAUACCUCAGUUUAAUCUAGUUAUACACAACUUCGAUCCUCUCAUUUUCCUUAAGAUUUGAGAACUCAAUAAUCUCAGGAAUCACGAGAGAGAAAGAAAAACCACCUAUUCAUAAAACUGGUGGAGCUUCCACAAGUAAUGGGGGGAUCCUUACUCCUUGAUUUGUGUCUUUCUCUCUCAUAACAUGACAAUAAUCUUAAGGAAAAGGAAACCAUCCAAGGCUCCUUAUAUACAUAUCUACACUAGUAGUUUUGUGAAGUUUUCUCUAUGCAGCUCACAUUUCAUGGAUGGAUGUUUGAUUGAGUUCAUCCAUUCCACAUAAUUUUUGUUGAUAUGUUUUUCGUUUCUUCUGUCUUGUGAUGCUGCUAAUUGUUCGAAGGACGCUCAGCUCAGCCACUGUCUGUUGUUGGCAAUGAGAAUUGAAAAACACAUUUCAUGUAAACAGGUUACAGGAAUAUAUAAAGUCAAGUUACUUCCA